GAAAGACGCAUGCACUUUUGAAGCUCACCCAGACUGCAGUAAUAUUUGCGCGUGUUUGUAGUUGAGCAUGUAAACUUUAUGGUGGUUUGUGGAGUGGGCCGAUGACUAGAGUCAGUUUCAGUAGCGAUCUAGAAUACUGGAUGGACUUUUAACAUCUUAUCGGGGUAGAUUGUGGACUAAAAAUGGAUUUGAUCUCAUGUUGUUGGAGGCUGUGUUGUCGGAGAACACGAGAUCCUGUUUUUCCCUCUGGAGUGAGCUUCCCACUUGAUUGCCCAGUUUAUAACGACACGUUCAUCAAAGUCAGUGUCUAUGGAGUGAGUGACGAACAGCAGUCGAGCAACUUCCUUGGAACCAGCCGCUUCUCCGUGGCCGAUCUCCUCCAUUCCAAAGACCAGCAGCUUUCUCUCAGCCUGAGGACAGCAGAUGAUUCUGUCACAGUGGGCACAGUUCUGGUGAGCCGGAUGAAGAUGGGGGAGAUUGAGGAUGGAGAGGUGGAUCACAUUACAGCCGACAUGCACCAGAAGUGCACGCUGGUGUACGAGUCGUCACAUGGCAUUAAUGAUAAAGAGAACGGACCAAUAAUGAACACUGUGUUUCAGAAUGCAGUGUGCAAGGUCUACCGGUUUCAGACGGUGGACAGUAAAUGGAUGCUGGUGCGGGAACAGAUGGCGGAGUGUACACUGUCCUUCAGCAUCCCGAAGCAGCUCAUUGGCCUCUGCAUUCAGGAGGACACCUGCAGGAUACAGGAGCUGAAGGAUCUGGGAGAGCUUUCACCACACUGGCACAACCUGCGGAAAGACGUGAUCUCUCGCUACGAACAGAUCAUCAAGGAGUACCAGGACACGCUGGUGGAGCUGGAGAAACUCACAGGCCCGUCGUUCAAGCCCAGCUGCAGCAAAGGCCAGAAGUAUCUGGAGUUCAUUCCCAUCAACCUGCACACGCAGAGGAUGAGGGUCACGUGUCCCAGGAAAACAGAUUCCUGCUAUGAUGUGGUCACAGUAGGAGCUCCGGCAGCCCAUUCGCAAGGCUUCAAGAACGGGGGAUUGCAGAAACUGCUCAGCAAAUAUGAGUCUGAGAAGAAGAGCUACAGCACAGCAUAUCAGUGCAUCUACUAUCCUCCAGAGCAGACGACCAAAGCCAGAGAGAUCCUGAGUGUGGUUUCUCAGCUGCAGCCGCACAUCACUGCAUUGGCCGAUCAGCUGCUGCAGAGCCCCAGAGACGCUCUCAGAGACACACUUAAGAGCCUGGAGGACAAGACGGAGCAGUUUGUUCAUGCUCUGAAGGAUGAGCUGGUGAAGAGCGCCCUCCUAGCGCUACAUGCUGCCCGUCCCGGAUAUGUCAGCAAAAGUCAGACUUCUGCACCGUCCAGCCCACCGGAGCCGAAUGAGGAGCCUAAUGUGGUCUGCAAUAAUGUGAACAGCUCUCAAACACCGCUGAAAGAGAGCAAAGCGUCUCCUGUCCGCUCAGACUCCAUCCCGCACCAUAAAGAGUACGAUGAGGAGGAAUGGGACAGGGUCUGGGCCAGUGUGGCGAAGAGCUUGAACUCUGUCAUUGCCAUGGUGGAGAAACUACAGGAGCAGGACAACAACAACCAGGAGUCAACACCCUGUCAAACACUCGCAGACGUCAUCACCUCACACAGUCCCGAUCGCCCCAUGGAUGUGGUGGACUGGCGGGAUCAGCUUGGGGUCCUGGUGCAAUCGCUGAAGGAGUGUGUGCUGGAUGUGGCAGAGAGAGCCAGACACUCCGUCAUCUUUGUGCUGCUCCAGGAGGCGGCGUGCAGCACGGCACAGGGUCUGCAGCUCCAGCAGAGACGAGACACCGUUUUCAGCCAAGCUCUGACGGCGCUGGCGUGUGGAUUCGUCAUGCGGUUGUACGCUGGUUUAGAGGAUAAAGGUUUUCUCAGACAGCUGCAUGCAGUCGGCCUGGUGGCUCAGUUUGAGAGUCUCCUCAGCACGUACAGUGAAGAGAUUGGCAUGCUGGAGGACAUGGAGGUGGGCAUCUCAGAUCUGACCAGAGUGACGUUCAGGAUCACAGAGGCGCUUUCUGAGGAUUCAGCCAGUCUGACGCCCAUCAUCAGCGGUAGACGAGACCGUUACACUGUGGAGGUGCCUCUGCCACAUGAUGCCUUCCAGACGCUGCCGGAUGAGCUGCGCCAGGGCAAGCUGCUACACGUCAUCCCUGUGCUCUUCAAUGUGGGCAUCAACGAACAACAGACCAUCGCUGAGAGGUUUGGUGACAUUUCUUUACAGGAGAGAAUAAACCAGAAAAACUUUGAGAUUCUAGAAGGUUACUAUAAAUCGCUGAGCAACACGCUGCCGUCGGAAUGUCUGCCGAGUUUUCAGACGCAGACGGACAUUAAGGAGCUGCUGGAAACGCUCGGACAGAAUGUAGUGACCAAGAAGAGGAAGAACGUGGAGAUAUUGUGGCUUGCAGGAACGAUCUGUCGACGGAUGAAUGGUAUCCGCUUCACCAGCUGUAAAAGUGCCAAAGACCGGACGUCAAUGUCGGUGACGCUGGAGCAGUGCUGUCUGCUGCGGGACGAGCAUCAGCUCAAUAAAGACUACUUUGUGCGCGCUUUGGACUGCAUGAGGAGAGAAGGCUGCCGGAUUGAGAAUGUGCAAAAGAAUAUAAAGUGCAGGAAAUACGCCUUCAACAUGCUGCAGCUGAUGGCUUUUCCCAAAUACUACCGGCCGCCUGAUGGGACAUACGGGAAGGUGGACUCAUGAGAAACAGCACCGUUCCUCUUAUUAUUGACACAUCUACAGUGGGGUUCAGAAGCUAUGCUGACAAUUUGGAAAUUAUAUUUGAGAAAAUGUAUUAUAUGACACAAAAUUAUCCUUCAGGUGCUGCUCAGUCAAUCUGACUCUUAUUUGUUUGUUAGGUUUGGUUUAUUCAUUUAAAUGGUACGAAUAUUUUGCCACUAUAAAUAUAUAUAUAUAUAUAUAUAUAUAUAUAUAUGAUGAUUAGCCAGUCAGUCAACAACGACUUUCGGGCACCUUAUGGGUCAUGAUUUGCCAUGGUUUCCUAUUUCUGACUGCUUCUUUCAGUUGAUCCAUGUUUAAGUUGGUGUCAGUCUUGGUUGUGUCCAGCCAUCGUGUUCACUGACGCCCUCUUCUUCUUGAUCCACUGACUGCACCGAGCAUUAAAGCUGUUUCCAUAGAGUUGGCUCGCAUGAUAUGACCAAAGAACGAUAGCCGGUGCUUGGUGAUUUCGCCCUCUAGCGAUACAUUUUGUUUGACACGCUCCAGGAUCAUUUUGUUCGUGAUCCUCGCCGCCCAUGAUAUGCGCAUCAUUUGCCUCCAGCACCACAGUUCGAAAGCAUCGAUCUUCCUUCUGUCUUUCUUCUUGAGUGUCCAGCUCCCACAUGCAUACAUGAAGAUUGGGUAAACAAUGGCAUUGAUUAUUCCGAUCUUUGUUACAAUGCUGAUGUCCUUGCUUUUCCAUACCUUCUCCAUUCCUUGCAUUGCACUGCGGCCAAGUUCGAUUCUUCGUCUGAUCUCCGGCCCUGACUCGCCAUUGUAGUCGAUCUUGGAUCCAAGGAAGAUAGGAAGGAAGUCUUGGACUGAUUCGAUUUCCUCAUUGUCAAUUGUUAUUUAUAUAUAUAUAUAUAUAUUUAUUUUUAUUUUUUAAUCAAGGACAUGAUUUGAAUCUUCUUUAAAGAGAGACCAGACGAGUUCUCUAGUUCUAUGAUCAAAAAUUAGUUAACAGGUCAUAAAUAUAUAUAUUUUUAAAACUAACCCAUAAAAAUACAAAAUAAUCAACAAAAAAUGUUUUUAAAGAGCCCUUAUAAUGCAUUAAAAAAGGUCAUGUUUUGGUUUUGGGGGUCUCCAACAACAUGCUGAAAUGCAUGCAAGGUCAAAAAACCCUUUCAUUGUAUUAAUAAUCUGCAUUUAUUUUUAUCUAAUUUUUCCAGAGACUCCCCUAUGAAUUGUUCAGUGAGUCAUUUGUUCCCAAACUCCAAACUCCUCUUUUUUCUGAUGACCCAGUUUGUUGUGAUUGGUCGACUGGAUUCAGCGCCAGACAGAGAGAAACACCCACCAUGGCUAUAAAGUAGCAGAAAGUGUUAUCGCCCAAAGCUGGAAUGCAUUAGAGAGCCCCUGUUAUGGGAUUUUGAAAAUGAGCUUUCAUGCAGUGUGUAACACAGCUGUGAGUGAAUGAAAACAGAGUCAACUAUUUCGUCACAGAUUCAAUAGUUUUAAACAUGGUGCACUUUCAGAUUUAAUCCUCAGCCGGAUGUUUUCAUUCACUCAAAGCUGUGUCACACACUUCAUGGAAGGUCAGUUUCAAAAACCCAUAGUAGGGGCUCUCUAAAAGAAUAUAGUAUUUCAAUUUUUUCAAUUUCAUUUCAUGAACAUCAUCGGCGUUUAAUAAUAAUAAAUUUUUAUAAUAUUUUAUAAUAUAUUUAAUGACUAAUAUUAAUAAUAUUAGUCACACAUCAUCAUUGAACAUCAUCAGGGGGUUAUUAUUAUUAUUAUUAAAUAUUUAAUUUAAUCAAUUGUUUUACUUUAAUUACAGCAGCACUUGCACAAAACCCAGUAUACCAAACAAUAAAUAAUGAUAUGCAAAGAGCAGACUUUUGAACCUCGCUGUAAAUGCUGAAUAUAUGUAUUCUUCUGUUGUCUUUAAUAAUCAGUAGAUAUUUCUCCAGAUAUGCUACUGAAAAGGCUGAACUCAUGUUUUAUGUUUGCAAGGAAAAAAUGCAGUGCAUUAUUUAAAAUGAUAAUUUAAAAACUAAAUGUAAACUAGUAAAUAUAGAUUUUAUACAUGUAAGUGCAUACAAAUGUUUUCUAUCAGAAGAGAUUGUUCAUGCAGGAAAUGUAGCUUUCAAUGCCAAAUAACUGUUUGACCCCG